AUGUUAGAUAAGCUGGAGAUCUCCAUGGCUUUUGUUGAAGCAGUAACUCAGAUUCCAUCAUACAAGAAGUUUCUGAAAAAUAUUUUAGGCAAUAAGCAAAAGCCAGAAAAGAGUGCGGUGGUGGAUCUGAGCGAAGGAGCCUUGACCUGUGCAGUUCUUCAACAUAAACUACCUCCUAAGCUGAAAGAUCCAGGUAGUUUUGCCAUUCCUUACAUCAUUGGUGGAUUUGUAGUUGGGGGUGCCCUGUGUGAUUUGGGUGCCAGUGUUAGCCUCAUGCCAUAUUCUCUAUGCAAGAGACUCAGCCUAGGCACACCAAAGCCUACUUCCAUGACUCUACAGAUGGCAGAUCGGUCCACUAAGCGGCCAGUAGGGAUUCUUGAGGAUGUUCCGGUCAUGAUUGAUCAAUAUUUUAUACCGGGGGAUUUCGUUGUGCUAGACAUAGAGGAGGAUGCCAAGAUUCCUAUUAUACUUGGUAAACCUUUUCUAGCUACUGCUGGUGCACUUAUUGAUGUGAGUAGAGGAAAACUCGUGAUGGAGGUGGCUGAGAACAAGAUAGAGUUUAGCAUAUUCAAAAUGGCAAAACACCAGCCCUCGUAUGUUGAUGAGUGUUAUUUGAUAAAAUGGCUGGGUGAGUGCACUGAUGGAAGUAAAAAGAGUGAGUUUGGGGACUUGCAUGUUUCCCCUAUUGAUCCUGAACCCCCUGAAAAGUCAAGUGUGCUGAAACGAAAGAAAAAGUUCUUUGGUCCUGAUGGUAUGGAUUAA